AUGGAAUUCACACAAGGUGGUGGUUUGGACAGCAUUGUCAUCGACUUAGGAAGUCAAUCAACACCGACAGAAACAACUGGUUAGUUUGGUUUUUUUUUAAUAUUUUCAGAAUGAAUUUAGCAAAUUUAAGAAAUAAUUGUUUUUUUUUUCAGUUUUUGAAUACACACCUUUACAAACACCAGCAAAUCAAAGUAUUAUGUCAGCAGGAUCAGCUCUCUCGACACCAAAAUCAGGAUGCGAAGGUAAGCCUGAAUCAUCCCUGCAAAAUAAAAUCAAUAAUCCAUCUUCUUUUUCAGGUAAAAAAUCAACGAUAAGAUAUUGUGUUUGCAUUGCCAAAGAGUUCCAUAAAAAUAUAUUUGUAGAAGUGUUUAAAAAACAUCUUAUCUUAUAUAUUUAUAAUUUUGAGCCAGCGUCGACAAGUGUUUGGGAAACAUGGAGUUUCCAGAGAGUUUUUUCAAAUUUUCAGGAAAAAAAAGUUACAGCUGUUGUUAUGUCGGAUUGGAUUGUUUGAUUUGAAAAUUACAGGAAAUAUGAGAUCUCAUUUGUUGACUGAGAUUUGCUGGAUCUUCUCUCAAUCCUAGGAACUUCCAUUCUCCCACGAACACCCUCCCACAUUUUCAGCAAAAGCUUCUUUCUAGAAAAUUGACAGAUCUGGAAAUUGUUAGUAGUCGUAGACCUUCCACCCUGUCACAAAAUGAAAAGAUUUUAGCGAUGUUGCUGUUGCAUUUUCGUGGCACAAGUUUUGAUAAUUCUUCCUAAUACACAAAUUCUGGGCUAUGUUAAGAUCAUCCAUUUUUUUCGUUGAUAUAAUCCUCCGUGAUAUAGUCAACAAAUUAUAUGAAAUAUUUUAUUCAAUCAAUUUUUCAAAAAAUCAAUAAUUACCGUAGCUUUUCCCAUGUUUUUCCAUUUAGAUUCUUUUGAACCCAUUGUCAGAUGUUGAGUCAUUUAUACCUCACAGAAUUUGUCAGUUCUGAACUCCUAAAGAGUACCUAUGAGAUUUAGGCAUACUCAAGGUCCCGUAUUUUUCGAGGCAAUCUCAACCUGUUAAAUCAAUUAUCAAUAAAAUAUUUAUAUUGAUAAGUUAUCAAAAAACUCAAAACUCUUCAAAGCUCACGAACUCUUUGGCAAUGUUCAAAACACAGAAAAAAAAACAACAUGAAUUUUUUUUUCAAAACUCUAAAUUUUCAGGUGUUCCCUCAUCGCCGGAAUGUUAUACUCCAACUCGGCCUGGAAUGAGAAUUGUCAAGCGAAAACCAGUUGCUGAUCGAUAUAAUGUGAAAGGGACAAAAUAUGCGAAAUUGGAGAAGAUUCUGAAUGGAGAGGAGAAGAAAAUGAAAUCAACGGCCGAGUUGUUGGCUCUGGUAAGAUAUUUUUUUCAAAAAUUCUAUUUUUUUUUUCAAAAUAAAAAUUCAUUCUGAAAAUUCUUAUAUACCGCUAAAAAAUUUCAGAAAAAAGUCUUUCUCAAAGGUUUACGUAAUUCACAAAUCGUAAUUCACACUUUUACAAAAAUCCUCCAAAUUUCAGACGCCAAGAAAGUCGAUACUUCGAAGAGAACGACUUCAGGAAGCAUCGGCAACUCCGAGAAAUGUCAAUUUUUCUGACGCCAAUGGCCUUCCACUCGUGCAGAUUCAAGAAAUCCCUUCAGUCAAAAAUGGUCAACCAAACGAUGAAGAAGAUCAUCUAGAAGCAGCGGAACGUUUCCGUAUGAGUAUGGAAAAAUUGAAUGACACUGAUCGCAAACCAGUUUUGAUUAGAUGUCAUCGACCAAACGCCAAAUUUUGCCAAACACAAUCACAAACUGCUAUUAUUGAACAAAAUCGUAUUCGGAAAUAUGGAAUUUCAACUGGACCAAUUUUUGGGUAAGGUUUUUAUAUAUAUCAGAUGUGUUCAAAACAAUAUUCUUUCAGAACCGUUGAACUUGAAGACGAUCCUGAACUUACACGAAGUGCUGCUGAAGCAUUAAAAUAUCACAAACCUACUAACAUUCCAUUUAACAAUAUUACAAUCGGCUCAGCUAGUUGGAGAGAUUUGCCGUUGCCAGGAAGAAAACAAGCAAGUCCACCAAUACAACAACCAGAAGAGCCAUUUCUCGGGUAUCAAGCAUCAUUUGCUGCUCCAGAAGAAGCUGCGGCUUCAAGCUCUUAUUCAAUGGCUGAUUCGAAUGAGAAUAAUAAAUAUGAGCAAUUGACUGAACCACCUGUCACAGAGUAUUAUGCUAGCACAUCUUUUGUGAAUGAUACACCAGAAGUUGCAAAACCUCCAGUACAGUUAUCGAAUCUUGUAUCAUCGUUGUCUAGUCUUAGUGAUGGAACUAAGGCCUUACUUGGAUUUUUAGCAGCGAAUAAGGUAAGAGUUAUUGAAACAGGAAAAAAAAAUAAUUUUUUUUUUCAGAAACAAAAUGCACCAGCACCACUCAAUGAAAAUGUUGAGCAACAACAAGGUUAUAUCGCAAGAUUCGACACCGAACCAUCAACUUCUGAAGAGCCAUCGGGUUAUCAUUAUGUUGGAAGUUUUGACAACUCAUCGACUCAACAAUAUUCAGCAACAGCUCCAGCAUAUCCACCAAAUUAUCCACCUCCUCAACAAUCACAACCACAACCACAACCACAACCACAACCACAUCAACAACCAAAUAUUGGAGUUUUGACUGCGAUUCAACAUCAGCAAGAACUUUUGUCAAAACGUUUGCCAGGGGUAAGUUGAAAUCUUUUUGAAAAAAUUAUAUGCAUUUAAAAAUUGUGUGUGUUUUCAGAUAAUUGGCAAUCAAUAUGUUCAAGGCGGCUGGAAGGUUAACAAGCCGUGCACUUAUUUUGUUUUCAAAACUGAUGGAUGUGAUCGUGGAGAGCGCUGUAGAUAUUUACAUGAUCAAAAUCAGGUGAGUAAAAAUAUUGAUGAUAGGGAUUUACAGUAACUCUGAAAUUUUUGUUGAGGAUGGCUAACUUUUAGGUUUCCACUUCUCGACCCAUUUUUGAAUUUCAUCCAAAAUAUUUUUCAAAUCCUUUUUUUUCCAGAAGGAUGAAAUUCUUCGAGCCAGACAAAAUCAACAACAACGUCGAUCGCCUCCACCAAUUUGGGCGCAAAAAAUGCGAAGCGACAUGGUUCCAACUGCUGCUCAACCUGAACGUGUUGGUCCACGUGGACAACGCGUCAGCCGCUUUGAACCAGUCGGUGUUCCUCCACAACAACAACAACAACAACAACCACCACGUGCUGAAUUGCGAAAAGAUGAUCGCCGCCAUUUUGAUGCGAAUCGCCGGCCAGAAAGAGUUCGCGGAAAUCGUCGAUCCCGAUUUGAUCAAUCACCAUCUAGCUCGCCAACAAAUGCAUAG